GACAAGACGCCAUUGUUGUUUUCUUUUGGCAGAGGAGACUGGAGUUAAACUUGAACCCAUUUCGCCAAAUUUUUAUCACUUCCAGUUCGUGCCUAAGGCUUGUAACAUUCCUGCCCAUUAUCCGAUUCAUCUACGAAUUGGAAUGAAUGAAAUCAUUGGAAGUUUUCACUUUCACUCGGAUUUUGACUCGGGGAAUCUGGCAAAAGUAGAGAAAGAUGAAAAGAAUGACAAUGAAUUUAACCUUUGGACAUUACCAGAUUGUGCAAAUACCCCUUAUGAAAAUGGAAAUAGGACAUGGUUCUACUUUGGAGUUCAAGGUCCCUGCAAUACCGUAGUAAAAUUUAACAUUAUGAAUCUGAACAGACAAGCAAAGUUGUAUAGCCAAGGAAUGAAACCACUUUUUAAGGUGCUCCCUCAUCAAGAACAAUGGGAACGUAUUAAAGACAAACCAAUUUGCAGUAUGGAAGACCAAAGUUUUGUACUUAGCUUCAAGUUUACCAUGCCAAGUCAAGAAAAUUCAACCGUCUAUUUUGCUUUUUGCUAUCCCUACUCUUACUCUGACCUUCUUUUUGAUCUGGACACGCUAGAGGCCCGCUUUUCGACGAAAGAAGGAAAUAUUUACUUUGGGCGUGAGCUUCUGUGCAAUUCUUUGGAUCAACGUCGAGUCGACUUGGUGACUGUUACGCGGAAUGGUGAUGAAAAUCGCCGAGAUAAGCCUGUUGUUUUUGUCAGUGCGAGAGUUCAUCCAGGAGAAACGCCAUCCAGCUUCGUUUUAAACGGUUUCCUGGAUUUCAUUCUCAAAGAGGACGACAUCCGUGCACAAAAACUGCGCGAGAAUUUCAUAUUCCUUUUGGUUCCUAUGCUCAACCCUGACGGAGUAUACCGCGGUCACUACAGAACUGACAGUCGUGGAGUUAAUCUCAAUCGAGUAUAUCUUGAAACGGAUGCAAUUUUUCAUCCAACCAUAGCUGCUACAAAGCAGCUUUUGCUUGAUUUGGCUAAAGAAGAGUUAGUUAUGGAAACAAACUCCAUGUCAACACUCGAGCAAAAGGUUAAAGAAACGCUGUUAGUCCAAACGGAUGAUUCGAAUUGUAAGGACGAUUCGGUUACGCUGUGGCCGCUUAGCUUUAAGGACGAUGGCGGUAGGACGAACUUCGCUGGACUUCAGUUUCCCAAUGCCUCGGAUGAAACUACGCUUUCUUUGUCAUCUUCCGCCAUCCUCAGUGGCAGUACACUCGAGGGCGCAGAAGAGGGAGAUGUCAGUGCGCAAUAUUUUGAUGUUGCUCCAGCAACACCUUGCCUUGCAGCCUCUCCAUCGACCAAGAGCAGACUCUUCGCAUACAUUGACCUACACGGCCAUGCAUCCAAACGAGGUAUCUUCAUAUACGGUAAUCAUUUUAAAGACGCAAACCAACAAGUAGAGUGCCUACUCCUGCCAAAACUGAUCUCGCUCAACAGCCAACACUUUGAUUUCUGGGCCUGCAAUUUUUCUGAAAAAAAUAUGCGGCAACGAGACAAACGGGACGGGUUAAGCAAAGAGGGCUCUGGACGAGUCGCCGUGUCGAAGUUAACUGGAAUCCCGCGGAGCUACACUCUCGAGUGCAACUAUAAUACAGGACGUAUGCGUAAUAUUCUCAGUCCUCUGCCAACGGAUAAGUUUCCGCUAUUUCACGCCACCACCGGUGAUGCCAAAGAUGAGGAGCGGCUAGAUGGAUCUACGCUGUCACGCAGAAGAACGGUCAGCGCUGGACCUAGUUUAACAGAUGCCUUUGCCCCACCAGUUCCUUACUCAGAGCAAUCAUUUAAAGAGGUUGGAGAAGCGAUUGCAGUAUCUCUGCUUGAUCUUAUUGGAGCCAAUCCGCUGAGCCGUCUUCCACAGUCAACUUACGGAGAUGUCGACGGUGCUCGUCAGUGGAUCCGGCUUCAUUGCCUAGGUCAACGUCGUUUCCCCUUCGUGGAAGCAGAUGCAGAUGAAGAGAGCACCUGCUCUCAUCUACCGUCUAGUUCGACAACAGCCAACUCUCUCCAACAGGUUUCCCAACGAGAUUCUAUGGCCUACCCUGCUACGUCGACAGCUACGACUGGUGAUUUGACCACGACCGUAAUGUCCCUCUCAUUGCCGGCAAAAAGACUUUCGCCAGGGAAAAGACUACCGAAAUCAGGAGAAAAAACAAAUCGCGUUCGUGUCCGAAAACCUUGGCCUGGUAGUCCACGAAUGAAGGAGUCACCAAAUCAGAGCCCCAAACAGCAGGGACCAUCCACCGUGGACUUCGCGCCUUCCUCACCGAGUUACCAGCUCUUUCCAAAGCAAGUUAAAAGCCCACCAAGCGCUCGCCGCAUCCCCAGGAAGAAAUCGUUGAGAAAAGCCAAAGUCCAGCCCCUCGUGAAGAAAGAUGGAAUGAUUGAGGUCGAGCUAAAUGCGACAUUUCAUGCUACUUCGCCCUCUUCUCCUCCCAAGCAGUUGCUGAAGCGAAAACGUCGCAAGUCCAGAACUCUGAGUGUCAGUGAAAGUUGUAAGGAAAAACGGAAGUUUAAGGGAUCGCCCGUAGCCGUUGCAGCGGUUGCUGCCGCUGUAGUAGCUGCGUCAGAUAAUAAUUCAACUGAGGUAGACUACCCUCAACCUUCUACAUCGGCAUCGACCCGUAUUCAGACCAAAUCGGUGAUGGUGAAAAAGAAAAAGCUCUUGAAGAAAAGAAAUGCCACAAGCGUCCUUCAGAAGAAAAAACGAAUUAAUCUGAUUACUGAGUGAUUAUUGCUAUUUGUGUGUCCCUUGUUUUUGUAUUUUUUUUUGUUUCAUUUCUUGAUUUUUUUUUUCCUCCUUCAAUUUUUUUAGAAAAUUGUUACUUAGGACAGUUGAGUAACGAAUCUGGUUUUCGUACGUAAUGUAGGUUCGGUUAUUGCUCCGGUCGUGCCGAAACACGCUCAAUAACUAUUGAUGAUUUUUGCAAUCUUCUCCCAAAAAGUAUGGUUAUUCGUUUACGAACGAAAAUAUUGGCUUAAAAAUUGUUUAGUUCGAUAGAUGUGAUUACCAAAACGAAGUUGUUUUGCAUUACGUCCUGUGAAAUUCUGGAAAUCCCAGCCUCGCUAUUCAUAUACAAAGGAAUAUGAAGAAACUAUGAAUAUUUAUUUAAGAUCCCUUAACGUAAAACGAACAAAGCCCUGUAUAAAUCAUCUUUUCUGUUGAAUAACUGCGCGAAAGAAAAAUACAACACAGGCUGCGCUUUUCUCAUUCACAAAUAAA